AUGUCAAGGUCGGGCCAGCACGGGGAGCCGUCGACAGUGACGGCGGUGGUACGAGGACAGGGGGAGCUGAUCGGGCUGCUGAAGGCGGGCGGGUACGACAUGGACGAGCGGACGGAGGACGGGAGGACAGGGCUGCAUGUAGCGGGGAUGCUGGGGAGGGCGGGGAGCAUGAGGGAGCUGAUAGAGGCAGGAGCAGAGGUAGGAGCGAAGGACGAAGAAGGGAAGACGAUGGUACACUGGGCGGCGGAGUAUGGGCAUGUGGAGGUGCUGAAGACGGUAGAGGAAGAAUGCGGGAAAGAGACUCUGAGGACCUUGAUGGUGGACAAGGACAAGCACGGCAUGACAUGCGCGCACUGGGCGAGUGAGGGAGGGCACUUGGAGGUAGUGCGGUAUGCUGCAGAGACAUGCGGGGAGGAGGUGCUGAGGGAGAAGGACGAAGACGGCAAGACAUGCGCGCAGUAUGCGAGUGCUGAAGGGAACUUGGAGGUGCUGCGGUAUGUUGGGGAGACAUGCGGGGAGGAGGUACUGAGGGAGAAGGACAAUAACGGCAAGACAUGCGCGCACUGGGCGAGUGAGGGAGGGCAGUUGGAGGUGCUGCGGUAUGCUGUAGAGACAUGCGGGGAGGAGGUACUGAGGGAGAAGGACUUUGACGGCAGGACAUGCGCUCACUGGGCGAGUCUCAGAGGGCACUUGGAGGUAGUAGUGCGGUAUGUUGUAGAGACAUGCGGGGAGGAUGUGCUGAGGGAGAAGGACAAGCACGGCAAGACAUGCGCGCGCUGGGCGAGUCUCGGAGGGCACUUGGAGGUGCUGCGGUAUGUUGUAGAGACAUGCGGGGAGGAUGUGCUGAGGGAGAAGGACAAGCUCCGCUGUCUUGGGCUUUUAUACACGUAA